AUGGCGAGGAACCCCAGGCAUCAUGAGGGAUCCGCCCUGGGCACCCCAGACCUGACCCAGCCCCCUGCCUGGGUCCCUAGCCCCUGCAGUCAUGGCGAGGGCCCCAUCCUGAGCACCCCAGACAUGACCCCACCCGAGGUCCAAGGGUCCCCAGCACUGCAGGCAAGGCAAGAGUCCUGCAGGAACAGCGAGGGUUCCACCCUGGGCACCCCAGACACGACCCCCAUCCCGCCCAGGUCCCCAGCCCCUGAAGGCAGGCCCCUGCAGGCACAGCAAGGGCCCCGCAUGCACAUCGAGGGCAGGUGUGUCAAGAGCCCCGCCCUGGGUACCCCAGGUGCAACCCCUCCGCCCUUCACCCUGGGCCCCAGGCCCCGCAGUUGCGACACAAUCCUGCCCCCUGCUCUGAUCCCAAACCCCUGCAGGCAUGGCGAGGGCCGCACCCUGGGCACUCCAGAUGCGACCCCACACCCUGCCCAGCUCCCCAGCCCCUGCAUGCCCAGCAAGGGCCCCUCCAUGGGCACCCAAGACGUGUCCCUGCCCUGCCCACCCGUGUCCCCAGCCACUGCAGGCACAGUGAGUGCCCCGCAGGCCCAGCAAGGGCCCUGCCCUGGGAACCCAAGAUACAAACCUGCCCCGCCUGGGUCCCAGCCCCUGAAGGCAUGCCCCUGCAGGCUUGGCGAGGGCAUCAUCCUGGGCACCCCAGACGUGAUUGCUGCCCCCCUCGCGGGGCCCCAUGCCCUGCAGGCACUGUGA